AUGCCGUCGUCGUUGUCACGGGGGGCGGAGUCUGCGUGCUCCACGGCGUCCUCCUACUCGUGCUCAGGUCGUCCAGGAACUGGAGCAGCAGGAGGCGAGUUGGGCAUCGUCAUUGUCACGGUCAAUGCAAGUACAUCGAGCAUCUGCAAGGGGAGAGACAGUCUUGGAGCAACAACUCGCUUCCAAAGACAAGUGCGCACACAACCACCUGCGACUCCUAGUGUGAUCUCCACCCUUCCUUCAGUCUCUCUGUCUUUUGAGACACCUGGGUCAGUCUGUCAGAAGGGUCAAGCUGCAGUAGCAUCAGCAAUACUGGCGCAGACAGCUCUAGUCGAGUCAGCUCAGGCUAUACCGCCCGGGACUGCAGGUGGACAAGGGCAGGGCCAGAUGCUGGCUCCGUGCGAUUGCUUUCUCAAAGUUCCCGCUCAGCCACGGGCUCGGUUGCCGAAUCUUACAGCUCCGGCGCCCUCGAAUGUUCUCAAAUUCCAGAUCAAUGCAGUCUCUGCGCCAGCCAGGACUGUUGAAAUUUGCCCGGAGUUGGUAGUUCCAUGCACGGUUCCCAAACAAACUGUCGGAGGGGAGAAGAAGAAGAAAGGCAACUGGGUCCACCACGGUGGGUCGCUUCCAGCAAUGCUGGAGGCACUGGAGCAUGUCCAGGACGUUGGGGAAGCGCUCUGGCCGUGGAAGGACACCCUGAGCAGCAGGGAGAGGACGAUCAUCCUCAAGGAGCAGAAAGAUUGGCGACGGGCAGUCGAGAUCUUUGACUGGUUUCGCAGGGAGCGGGGCCAUGAGCUUAAUGUGAUUCACUACAAUGUUGUGCUCUAUAAUGUUGGAAAGGCAAGGAGGUGGGGCCUCGUUCUUAGGCUGUGGCAUGAGAUGCAUUCCUUCGGUGUGGCACCGGACAACUCAACAUAUGGUACACUGAUCAACAUGUGUUGCAAAGGGGGGAGAGGAUGGGCGACUUUGGUUUGGCUUGGAGACAUGUGCAAGCGUGGUUUGAUGCCUGAUGAGGUCACUAUGAGUAUUGUGAUGCAGGCGCAUAAGAAGGCUGGGGAGUAUGAAACAGCUGAGCUAUUCUUCAAAAGGUGGUCCUCGGAUUCAAUCAGAAGGAUGGAGGGACGCCCUCACUAUAGCUUGUGUACUUACAACACCUUGAUUGAUACUUAUGGAAAAGCUGGUCAUCUGGAGAAAGUAUCAGAUACAUUCAACCAAAUGUUGAGAGAAGGUGUUGUGCCAAGCGUUGUUACAUUUAACUCAAUGAUCCAUGCUUGGGGUAAGCACCACAGAAUGGAGCAAGUUGCUUCUUUCGUUCAGAUGAUGGAGGAAUUCCGGUGCUUUCCUGACACUAGGACUUACAAUAUACUGAUCUCACUGUACAGAGAAAGCAAUGAUAUUGAUAGUGCAGAGUACUACUACUGGAAGAUGAAAGCAGAAAACUUGGUACCAGAUGCUGUGAGCUGCCGCACACUCUUAUAUGGAUACUCUACCAGGGACAUGGUCACUAAAGCGGAAGCCCUUCUAAAGGAAAUGGAUGAGAGGGGCUUUGUGAUAGAUGAAUACACACAAUCUGCUUUGACAAGGAUGUAUGUAAAUGUUGGAAUGCUUGAGCAAGCUUGGUGUUGGUUUGACAGGUUCCAUCACCAUAUGAAUUCUAAAUGCUUUUCUGCAAAUAUUGAUGCAUUUGGAGAGAAAGGAUACAUAGUUCUUGCAGAGAAGGCUUUUAUAUGCUGCCGAAAGAAGAAGAUGCUCAGUACUUCUGCGUGCAAUGUUAUGAUCAAAGCAUAUGGGUUGGUCGAGAAGCUUGAUGAGGCAUGUGAGAUAGCUGAUGGCAUGGAGAAGUAUGACAUUUUGCCAGAUUACGUGACAUACAGUUCUCUCAUUCAACUUCUGUCAACUGCUAAACAGCCAAAGAAGGCUAUUUACUACUUGGAAAAAAUGAAAGGCGUGAAAUUGCUAUCAGACUGUUUCCCAUACUCUGUGGUAAUUGGUAGCUUUGCUAAGAAUGGUGAUCUACGAAUGGCUGAAUACCUAUUUAGAGAAAUGAUCAUGUCAGGGGUCCGUGCUGAUGUUUUCCUCUACUCUAUCUUAAUUGAUGCAUACGCUGAAAUUGGAAAUGUUCAACAAGCUUCAGCAUAUUUUGGCUUAAUGAAAAAGGAUGGUUUAUGUGAGAAUGUUGCAAUCUACAAUUCUUUGAUAAAGCUCUACACAAAAGUAGGUGAUAAUUGUAUGGUGAAGGAAGCACGUGAGGUUUUUGAAAGUUUGAAGGUCAGGGGAAGUGCAAAUGAAUUCUCACAUGCAAUGAUGGUGUGUAUGUACAAGAAAGUUGGUCGCUAUGAUGUAGCUCACAUGAUUUGCAAGGAAAUGCUAGCUUUAGGACUUCUAACUCAGUUACUAAGCUACAAUUCUGUAAUCCAAAUGUACGUAUCUAGUGGAAGAAUGGAGGAGGCUUUUAAAAUAUUUACGAAGAUGUUGGCAUCCAACACACCACCAAAUGAUACAACAUUCCAGGCACUAAGGGUUAUUCUAGUAAGAAGUGGUGUUACAAAGAAUGAGACUAGAAGGGCACUAUCUUCAGCUGUAAGAUCAACUGCAAAUUCUUUUCAACAUAGUAUUAUUGAUCAAUGUGCUAAAAGGACACAUCCUUUUGACAUUGACAAUUGUGAGCGUUGUUACUUUUUUGUUCUCUGGGUUCUACGUACCAAAAUAUAA